AUGACAGAAACAGCCACUGUUGGCAAUGUCUGUAAUAGGAAACAAACUUUCUUGUGUACAGUUCCCCCUUCAUGGAGAGCAGAGCCUGCUGACACAGAAACCACAGUUGGAAGAACAGUAUCAUUGUCAUGUGCUGCUGAGGGCUACCCUGUCCCUAGAAUACAGUGGAAGAAAGACAGCGGCUCCCAGCCACCUGUGUAUGAAGAGCUUGAUGUUGUGAUGAGCAAUUACAGGUUACUGCGAAAUGGUAGUCUUGUGAUAUAUAAUACCCAGGCAAGCAACAAAGGAUUUUACUUAUGCCAAGCUACAAACGGCAUUGGUGUUGGACUUAGCAAACUAGUCUUCCUCACUGUCCAUGUACCAGCAAGAUUUAGUAUGGCACACCAGAAUGUGACAGCUUUGAAAGGUGACACAGCAGUUCUUGAUUGCACAGCUGAAGGAGAUAAGCCAGUUUCAAUUACCUGGUUUAGUAAUGGGCACCAGUUUGACAGAAAACUAUACUCACAUAUCAUAUUGAAGGAAGAGGAAUCAGAAAAUGGAACAUCUUCAAAACUGAUUGUCCACGAUCUUCAAAGGAAAGAUACUACUACUUUUGAAUGUGUGGCUUCAAACGAGUAUGGAAGUGACCGGCUGGAAGUAAAAUUGAUAGUACAAGAGCCACCAGAACCACCAAUAAAUGCCCAUGUAAAUAAUUUUACCAGUCGCUCACUAAAACUGAGUUGGAAAGAGCCAUAUGAUGGAAACAGUGCCAUUACAUCAUACAUCAUCCAGUAUAAAAAUAUGUCAGUGCCAUGGAGCCUCGACGUACCGCAGAUAGAGGUGGAUGGACUCCAGCAAGUAGCCUCGUUGAGUGACCUCAUGCCAGCACAUGUAUAUAACAUAAGAGUUCUCGCUGUAAAUGAUGUUGGGGCAUCUAACUACAGUAAUAUUCUCACAGUAACGACAAAGGAGGAAGUUCCUGAGGCCCCACCAAGAGAUGUCAGAGUUAAAAUGAAAGAUUCAGAGACUCUGCUUGUAAGUUGGAAGCCUCCAGACAAGCAUCUUCAGCAUGGGGAAAUUAUGGGAUAUUACAUUGGAUACAGACUAGCAAAUUCAAGUGAACCAUUUCAUUACAAGACGUUUGAAGUGAUCCCAGGUAUAGAGCUGCAGAAUACACUAACCAAUCUUCAGAAGUUUACCGAGUACACUAUUCUAGUGCAAGCAUAUAACAGAGUAGGGGCAGGUCCUCGGAGUAAGGAAGUAGUGGCAACCACAGAUGAGGAUGUUCCCGAUGCAGCACCUCUUGAUGUACAAUGUACAGCACUUACUUCACAAAGUAUCUUGGUUAUGUGGUCCUCUCCACCAGCCACAGAAAUAAAUGGAAUUUUGAAAGGCUAUAAGGUCGUUUACCGUUCAUUAGCAGACUGGAAUGAAAUAUCACCCCCUACAGAACAAGUCACACAAGAUCAGAAGUUUACACUCAGAAACUUGGAAAGUUUCUGCAACUACAGUAUAGAAGUAAGAGCAUACACAGCCAAAGGUGAUGGUGUGUCCAGCCAACCGAUCUUCUGUAGAACACAGGAGGAUGUUCCAGGAGCACCAGCUGACAUAAAAGCUCUUGUAAUGGAUUCUAAGACUGUGUUGAUUUCUUGGAAGCCACCGCUGCAUCCGAAUGGAAGAAUACGAAAAUAUAAGGUUUAUGUCCGAUCAUUUGAUGGUUUUAGUCUGGACAAGGAUCAAUUUGACAUUCCUGCGGAGCAAACAUAUUACACAAUAUCUCACCUGGAGCUGCAUCAUCGAUACGAAUUUUGGGUAACAGCAUCCACAUUGGUUGGUGAAGGAGCAGCUUCUAGACGUGUCGUACAAGUACCAGCAAGCCAUGUACCUGCUCGUGUGGCCUCCUUCGGUAACCAUAUCACUGUAGCAUUGCAAGAAGAUUUACAGUUGCACUGCAUUGUUGUCGGACAGCCAAGUCCAAAAAGAAUAUGGACAAAGAAUGGGAAAGCUGUAACAGAGGACUCCCACGUAAAAAUUAAUGAUGAGUACUCACUGUUUGUUAGCUCAGUACAAACAAUGGACUCUGGGAACUACACAUGCUCAGCCGAAAACAUGUUUGGGAAGGAUGAAAUAACAUACUCGGUAAAAGUUCAGGUUCUUUCAUCACCAGUGGCAUUACAUGUUUCAUCGACAACUGUUUCGAGUAUAACACUGCAGUGGCAGUCACCUUCUGCACAUGUGAACCUCAUCCAAGGUUAUUACUUGUAUUUCAAGCGAGAAUUCGGUGAAUGGGAGAAAGUGAGGAUUCUGUCUAACUGCUCAAGUUACACUCUUAACAAUCUGCAGUGUGGCACCAAGUACCACUUUUACAUGCAGGCCUUCAAUCAAUUGGGUCAGAGCACACCUACAUUAACAGUCACAACUCGCACACAAGGCUCAGCUCCUGUUUCACCUAGAAACACUGACUUAAUACGAGUAAAUUCUACUUCCAUUUUGCUGAACUUAACAUCAUGGAAUGAUGGUGGAUGUCCAAUAACAUCUGUUGUGGUGGAGUACAAGCUGAAGAAAGGAUUUUCGUGGACUCUUGUAUCAAAUAACAUUAAAAUAGAACAAACUGAAUUCAUGGUAUUGGAUCUUGAACCAGAAACCUGGUAUGCUUUGCGCGUCACUGCUCACAACAGUGCUGGCUCUACUAUUGCCAACUAUAAUUUUGUCACUCUGACACACACAGGAGCUACAAUUGCUCCUGACUUAAUAGUGUAUUCAAAUUAUGGAAGUCAACGGUUUUUUGGUGAUACGACCCUAAUAGCAUUUAUUGUUGCUGGAACUACACUACUCGUUGUGGCUAUUCUGGGACUCUUGAUUUAUCUGAAGAAAUGCCAGGAGAUCUUCUCUUCACACAAAUGUGACGAGAAAACGUCAGAAACAGGAAAAAUAGAAGAUUUGGAUCGGGGAGCAGUUCCUAUGAAAUAUGACAACAUUGAAAGUGGCAUUGCCUCAGCAAAUCUCCAAGAAGCAGUCUAUAUUGCCACUCCAAUGCGUGUUUCUCUGGGACAGAGACAAGAUAUCAGUCCUUACGCAACAUUCCGUGUCCCUGUUCUGGGAGAUGCAGAUCAUUUGGAUGCUAUAGACAAUGUUGAAUCACACAGGACUUCCAGCUGCCUCCAGUACAGUGAAAAGCCGCAUCAUUCAUCAACAUUUGGAAGCUGUCCUGAAUCACCAUAUCCAAAGAUACACAAGAAACCUCAUUAUGAGAAUGAAACAUGUGAUUGGAUUCCAUUACACAACCUGUAUCAGGCUCACAGGUAUUGACUUCCAGAAGCUUAUGUGUACAAAGCUGAAUCCACAGUUACUUGGAAAAUUAUUUGCAGGAUUGUAACCAGUUGAAGAACAAUGUUAAAAGAACAUUUUUAAUGAACUUUACAACUUA